GUCAUCAUGGAAAUCUCCAAUAACUCAUUUCUGGACCCAAUGACAGUUACCCUGGUUGGAAUACCUGGACUUGAACAUCUACAGUUCUGGAUUGGAUUCCCUUUUUGUGUGCUGUGUAUAGUAGCCCUGAUGGGGAAUGUUCUUCUACUGACUAUAAUCCCAACAGAACGCACCCUUCACCAGCCCAUGUACAUCUUUUUAGCUGGGCUAGCUGCAACUGACCUAGGUCUAUGUGCUGCCAUAGCUCCCAAGAUGCUGGCUAUAUUUUGGUUCAGUGCCUAUACGAUGGCCUUUGAUGCUUGCCUUAUCCAGCUAUUUUUCAUUCAUGCUCUUCAAGGGAUGGAAUCAGGUAUCUUGUUAGCCAUGGCCUUUGACCGCUAUGUAGCAAUUUGUGACCCUCUUAGACAUUCAGCCAUUCUCACACCAACAAUCAUGAGUCGGAUGAUCUUGGUAGUGGCAGUCAGGGCUGUGGUAUUGGUUGGCUUAUUGCCCAUUUUGAUUAGACGUUUGCACUUCUUCCAUACAACUAUCAUAGCCCACUCUUACUGUGAGCAUAUGGCUGUGGUCAAGCUGUUGGCUGGGAAUGUCAGGAUCAAUAGGUCCUUUGGGUUGUUUGUAGCAUUUGCCAUCCUGGGUUUUGACAUGAUUUUUGUCCUUAUUUCCUAUACUCUAAUCAUUUGGACAGUUUUCCACCUUCCUCAGAAAGAAGCACGGUUGAAAGCACUCAACACCUGCACAGCCCACAUCUUCGUCUUCCUUGAAUUCUAUGUCCUUGCUUUCUUCUCUUUUUUUAGCCAUCGUUUUGGCCAUGUGGCUCCCUUUGUCCACAUUCUCCUGUCCACUAUCUACCUUCUUGUGCCUCCUGCCCUCAACCCCAUUGUUUAUGGAGUGAAAACCAAGGAAAUUCGUGUCAGAGUGGCAAGGAUAUUCUUUCAAAAGGAUAAUUCCCUCCAGUGA